GGUUUGGAUCAUUCGCAGUAGAGGAUCCCGACUCAGGAACGUAGCCGUCGACGUCGACUGGGUCUGGUUGGUGGAGCUCCAGGCUACACCCGGAGGCCAAGCCUUUGUAAAACCCUCUCUAUGGGAAAGAAGGGCAAGGAGCGAGCCAAGGAGCGACGGGCUCAGCGUCUCCAAGAGAUCUCCGAGCUCCGCAAAAUACCCUACCCCCCUCUGCGAAGAUGGUGGUCGUCCGAGACGGUCGCCAUCGUGACGGGGGCCAACCGGGGAAUCGGGUACGAGAUCGCUCGGCAGCUCGCGGGCCACGGGCUGUGCGUCAUUCUCGCCUCAAGAGCCGCUGAUCGAGGUCACAAAGCUGCGGAUGGGUUACGGGAACAGGGUCUCAAUGUGGACUCACACCAACUGGAUGUCUUGGAUGCCGCCUCCGUUGAAUCGUUUGAGAAAUGGGUUGUUCUCAAGUACGGCGGUCUUGAUAUCCUGAAAUUUGCAUGGAGCAACCUUCCAGGGUUUGUUGCUCAUGGGGAAUAUGGUAGCGUUCGCCAAUUGAAGAAGGUAAACAAUGCAGGUGUCAACUUUAAUGUAGGCUCAGAUAAUUCAGUUGAAUUUGCUGAAAAGGUAAUUGCGACAAACUAUUAUGGCACAAAACGGAUGAUUGAAACCAUGAUCCCAAUAAUGAAACAUUCUGCUUUUGGUGCUCGCAUAUUGAAUGUGAGCUCAAGACUUGGUCGUGUGAAUGGCAGACGAAAUAGAUUGGGUGAUGCUAACUUGAGAGAGCAACUGUUGAGAGAUGAGUGCUUGUCUGAGGAACUGAUUGAUGGUAUGGUUGUGAAAUUUAUCGAACAAGUUAAGCAGGGAAGUUGGGCAUCAAAGGGAUGGCCUCAAAUGUUUACUGAUUAUUCAAUAUCUAAGCUGGCUGUCAAUGCUUACACUAGACUGAUGGUAGGGAGGUUUUCCAGUAGGCCAGAAGGUCAGAAGAUCUACAUCAAUUGUUAUUGUCCGGGCUGGGUGAAGACUGCCAUGACAGCUUGGGAAGGCAACAUUUCAUCUGAGGAAGGUGCAGAUACCGGAGUCUGGGUUGUCCUGCUACCCAGUCAACCAGACAUUACAGGAAAGUUUUUCGCUGAGAGGCGUGAGAUAAGCUUUUAAACUACGCACCUCAGCCAAGUAAUCUAUUCAUUUUGUUAUGGUCUUUGGUCCCAGGGCUUGCUAACUUAUUCAGUGGUCUUAAAUUAGCCCAAGAAAACUUUAUGAAGACCAAAAAUGCAGAAGAUUCCAGUUUUAUCAUGGAUAGUGCAAUUGCAAAAAUCCCAUUGAAGGGGCAUAAGAAAAAGGGUCAUGCUUUUUCUUGAAGUCUUCACUGAUGAUGAUCACUGGUUGAAUGACAUUGAGCUUAGCUCAUUCACAGCAAGGAUUUGUAAUGCAAAGAUGAGCCUGAAGUUCAGCAGCUUGAAUGUUUCGUACUCCAUAGAGCAGGGAAUGAUGUUCCAGCUUGAUAGUUUAGCGAUGCUGUUUUAGUACCAUCUUGGAGUUUGGAGUGUCUCAUCCUUGACAACCAAAGAGUAUCAGCAGGGUGCACUCUUUAAGAGCAGACUAGCAUCUAGGAGGAAGUUGUAAGGUAAUGCCUUCUACUUUCUGUAUACUAUAAAGGAUUAUGCAUAUGAUCAUGUAAUUAACGGUGCAAUGCACUUCACUGGAAUUCCAAAAUGUCUGUCUGUGUUGCUUUUAUCAUUACUGUUCCUGUCACAUUUCUCUCACUUGAAAUUCUAUGAAUAUUCUAAUUUUUGAAGA